AUGCGUAUGUAUUCGGCGAUUCUGAGCCGCAGCCCGGGCGAUGUGGACGCGCUCAAGUGCGCGCUGUACGCCAAGAUGAGGCGGGCGGACUGGACCGGCGCGCUCCGGUACGCACGGCGGCUGCGUGACGCCGAGCCCGGCGAGGUGGAGUGGCGGCUGGUGGUGGCGCAGCUGCACGAGCUCACUGGGAAUCUCGCCGAGGCCGAGCGCCAGUACAGGGAGGUCCUAGCAGAGGAGCCGCUUCUCGUCCGUGCUCUCCAUGGAUUCGCACUGUGUAUGCAUAAGAAACUCGAAGGCCCUACUGUUUUUGAAAUACUUGAGAAUGCUUUGCAAGUUGCAAUUUCUGACAAAAGGGUCCCUGAAGAGCGCAACAUAAAGCUUUUGAUUGCACAGAUGCAUGUUGUCAUGGGUCAGUUCGAAGUCGCAUCUGAGAAACUACAAAAUCUUAUAGAUGAGGAUCCUCGAGAUUUCCGGCCUCACCUUUGCCAGGGCAUUGUGUAUGCACUUUUAGACAGGAAAGAAGACGCAGAUAAACAAUUUGAUAUAUACAGAAGCCUCGUGCCAGAUGAAUUCCCAGAUAAGAGUUUUAUUAAUGAUGUUAUACUGGCAGCUAAAAUGGAGUCAGAUGAUCAGAUACAAAAGGAAUUUGGAUCAGAAUUUUUAUCAAAGAAAUGA